ACUGGCCAUGGAGCCGCGUGCAGGGGGCGCCACGGACCCUAGGGGGAGCAGAGGAGGCCGCGGCCCUCCCCUGCCAGCGGGCCCCACCGCCCGGCAGCUCCUGGCGCGGCUGGACGCGCGCCCCCUGGCGGCCCGAGCUGCGGCCGACGUGGCGGCGCUGGUGCGCCGGGCCGGCGCCACAUUGCACCUGCGCCCCAAGGAGGCUGUUUGCAUGCUGGACUCUGCAGACAUAGAGGUCACAGACAGUCGCCUGCCUCAUCCCAUUGCUGUGGAUCACCAGCUCCAGCAUCGUCGGUCAGAGACCCUGGGUACAUGUACUGCACCGCCUGGAGUGGCCCAGAGUAAGGCACGUCAUGCUUCGAAGCCAUCCCAGACUUCUGGUCAGUUCUAUGUGGAGCUGGUCCGUUGUUCCGCAGGCUUUGGCCUCACCUUAAGUGGCGGCUGCGAUGUAAGUGGGGACGCUCCGCUGGCUGUUCGCGGGCUGCUGAAGGACGGGCCUGCACAGCGCUGUGGUCGCUUGCAGGUCGGCGACGUAGUGCUCCACAUCAACGGAGAGUCAACGCAGGGCCUCACCCACGCCCAGGUCGUGGAGCGGAUCCGCGCUGGAGGUCCCCGGCUCCGUCUGGUGCUCCACCGGCCUCUCAAGACCCAACCCGAUCGCAGCCCAGAUCCUGGGGGGCUGGAGGUGAUGAGGUCUCACAGCAGCAGCACUUCCCCAGUUCAGCACCCUCGAUCCCGCACAACGCACAAGACCCGGGACAGCCUGGAGCCUAGUCCAGAGGCGGCGGCCCACGGUCCCGCGGUUCCUCCUCCUGAGCGCCGCACGGAAGACCCUGAGGACCGCAUCCCGGGUUCCCCGGGGCCCUGGCUAGUGCCAAGCGAGGAACGUCUCUCGCGGGCCCUAGGGGUCCCGGGGGUGGCGCAGCUCGCUCAGGAGAUGUCAGCCGGAAGGCGGAGACACUGAGCCUAUGUCAGACUGGUCGGUGCUCCGUGGGUGCCGCCCAAGCUGGAUCUGGUGUGCCGGGCUCGCCUAGCACUGGUACCGCCCCGAGCGUCCGCUUGGUCUGGUCCCCCCAUCCCGCUGCGCAGUCAGUCAGCCCGCACUCCCCUCUCAACGUCAGUGGUACGGCCGGUCCAGACCGGCCAGCCCUGUGCUUCUGGUUUGGGCGAGGGAAAUAUUAAAAUGGUUCCAUCCAGUCUUGACUUG